AGACUAGUUUGUGUUUCAUUAACUUCAGCUGAGGAUCAGAGAGCAGCUCUUCAGUGUGUUUCUGGUGAAGCUCCUGGUCCUUAAAGGUCAGCUCCAUGUCUUCUCUCCAGCCUUUAUUCCCUCAGACUCUCUUGGAGGAAUCUUUGACCUCGGAGCUGUUAAUCAUUCAGGAGGGAAACGGAGGAGCUCAGAUUCCUGCAUCAGAGCUGAGAAAACAUGGAGGACUCGGAGAGGAAGCAGAACCUGAGCAGAAUAUUCCUGCAGAAGAUCAGGAGCUUCAGACCGAAGGAGGUUUUUACUUGGCGUCUGGUUCGGACCCUGGCUAUGGGUCAGGGUCUGGCGGUUCUGAUCUGUGGAACCGCCGUCUCCUCCCAGUUCCUGGCCUCCUUCCAGGUGAACACCCCCAUGCUGCAGAGCUUCAUCCACUACCUGCUGCUGCUGCUGGUCUACAGCGGAACCAUGCUCUGCACUGCAGGAGAUGGAAAUAUCUUACAGGUUCUCAGGAGGAGCUGGUGGAGAUACCUCCUGCUGGGCCUGGUGGACGUGGAGGCAAACUACACCGUGGUGAAGGCCUACCAGUACACCACCCUGACCAGUGUCCAGCUACUGGACUGCUUCGUGAUCCCGGUCCUCAUGGUUCUGUCCUGGUGGGUUCUGAAGACCCAGUACCGCCCAAUCCACUACGUGUCGGUGGUGAUCUGCCUACUGGGAGUUGGAGCGAUGGUUGGAGCAGAUCUUCUGUCUGGACGGGACCAAGGAUCCACCUCUAACCUGCUGCUGGGGGAUGGUCUGGUUCUGCUCAGUGCGACGCUCUACGCUGUAUCUAAUGUCUGUCAGGAGUACACAGUGAAGAGACGCACCCGGGUCGAGUUCUUGGGGAUGAUUGGACUGUUCGGUGCCAUCAUCAGUGCCGUGCAGAUGGUGGUUCUGGAGAGGAACCAGGUCGCUGAGAUCCAGUGGAGCUGGAGAGUCGGGCUCCUGUUUGCCUCCUUUGCUCUCUGUAUGUUCGCUCUGUACAGCUUCAUGCCCAUCGUGAUGAAGCUCAGCAGCGCCACCUCUGUUAACCUGUCGCUGCUCACCGCCGACCUGUUCAGCCUCUUCUGUGGAAUCUUCCUCUUCCAGUACAGCUUCUCUGGACUCUACCUGGUCUCUCUGGUCAUCAUCCUUAUUGGCUUCAUCACCUUCAACGCUGUGCCGACACCCUCCGACCAAUCUGACCCCGAUGACCUCAGCAUCUCUUCAUCUUCCUCACUCUCCUCCUCCUCGGUGGACCCUGAGCGUCCUGAGCAGAGAACGGAGGAGGAUUUGAAACGGCAGGACGAUGUUUUGUGCAGCACCAAAAUGUGACCCAUCCAUACUUAAAACACAUUUAUUUAUUGAGUUUUACUUUACUUCCUGUACAGAAUACAGAAAAUAACAGAAUAAAUAAAAGUAUAGAUCUAAUUUAAUCCUGUUCUGUUAAGUUCUGUUCUGUUCUGCUGUGGUGAAUCUGAGUUCUGUAGAUCUUGUACACAGAUCUUGGACACAGUUGGAUGUUUCAACCAGACAAUGAGUCCAAACACACAUCAGAUGUGGUAAAGAAAUGGUUCCAUCAGGACAGAAUGAAGGUUCCAGACUCGUCUUCCCAAUGUCCUGACUUAGACCCAUCAAGAACCUGAAGAACCAAGACAGAAAAACAACAAAUGUAGUGGAACUGAACCAGUUCUGUCCAGAGGAGUCAAAGAUAAACAAGAAGAGCUUUAAUGAAUCCAAGGACUAAAAUACAAGAUUGUUUUUUUAUUGUGACAAAGAUUUGUGUGUUUCAGUGAUUCCGGAGUUCUAGAAGUCGUUAUAAACUGAAG